AUGCUUGGUUCGUCAGGCCCAAGUCUGGUUACUGUAGAUCUCUUCGCUAAUCGGUCAGAUCCACCCAACCCUCCAGAUCUGUCUGAUCGCAGAGGUUCGCGCCUCCUGGGACCCACAUCUCCAACCCAGCAGCCAGCUCCGGAGGGAGAUGACAACAGUUUGAUGACACCGUCCGAUCAUGGUCAGGGGGGUUCCAUGUCGGAACCCAAGACGGAACAUGGCGGUGAAGCUGAUGCUGAUGUUGUCGUCGACGACAACGAAAACGACGACGCGCCGCCGCCACUUCGGCUAAACAAGGGAAAGACCCCAGAGACCAGUAGUAGCAGCAGCAGCAGUGCGCGUCUGCUUUCCGCUCCUCUUCCUCAACAGGAUUCAAGCCCGAGUUCCGGGGACCAGGAAGCUGCGCAAGCGCAUGACGAACCGCACUCACAGAUUCAUGCUGGCGUAGCUACAGGGGAGGAGCGUUCGGGUACCCUGGUCGACGUCACGGAUGAUAUAACCACUCACCAGGAGGACAUCGAUAUCCCGAAUCACGCGACCCAACCAGAAUCGCAGGACUCGCAGGACUCGAGCUAUCCGUCAAGCCUAUUCGAAGAGCCUUGCGAACACGAUGCAACCACCACGGCCGCCUCGGCGCUAGUGGGUGAGGCGGCGACAUCUUCAUGGAAGAAGAAGGAGAAGCAGAAAGCAGACCCAGAGGCUGAGACAAGGUCCCCGUCAGAGGCGUCUGAUGGCGAGCACCCAUUUCGACCGCUCGACGUCGGCGAUCCUGGCUGGGAGAAGUCAGCAGGAAGACCGCCGACAAAGCUGCCCAUUCGCUUUCGAGAUGCUGUCGGCCGCAACUUCCUCUUCCCCUGGGAGAAGGCAAAGACAUGGGCGGGAAUGAGGAAGCUGAUCAACAGCUGCUUCAUCCACGUCGACGUCCUCGGACCGCACGUGAUGGCAGGCCGCUAUGAUCUAUCCGUCAAUCUCCCCUAUCCCAUGGACGCAGCGAACGAGAUACUCUCACCCGGCGCGCCUCUCACCCCUAUUCCUCCCGCCCAGGCGUCUUCAUCUUCGGCCACGGAAACACCCAGUUCCUUCAACACCAUCGCCAGCUCAUCAUCGUCGUCGUCAACACCAGGCCCAUCUAACUCUCAGCAGCAAAGAUCAUCCUUCGUCGUCCUCCCCGAGCUAUGGGAAGACACCGUCGAACCAGGCAUGCUCGUCGUGCAACACAUGUGGCCCUUCCAAACCCCCAAUUACGUCGCCCAACCCGCCCAGCCGUCGCCGCCGCAGCCACAGCAACACCAUCACCCCACCGGACCCCCGCCUCCCGGCCAUCAUAUGGGCACCGCUGGGAGGGGCAGGGGUGCGCGUGGACGCGGAAGAGGAGGAGCGGCGGGCGCGGGACUCUUCGCCGGGCGCGGAGGUGGCAUAAUGCCUUCGCAGCCGCCUCCGAGGGGAAAACAAGGAAGCGCCAGGAUAGGGGUUGACAGGGGAUCCAUCGAAAAGAAUUCGGGAUGGGAGGAGGAGAGAGAAGGUGGUAAAAGCGAUGCCAUUGUUUUGAAUUAA